UCCAAACAAACGUUAAAUAAUAUGUGAAUUUUAUUUGAUUUAUUUCUCUCGAGUCGCUGGUUUGGGGAUAUAAGAUUAGGAAAAGGGAAAUAUAAAACCAGAAGAAACACUGUAAAGGAGGAUCGGAAAUAAACUGGGACGAUAAUUAGGAAAUUUCACCAACGAAUGGCCGAGCAGGGUGGAAAUUCUAAUGAAGAGAAUGGAAAUUUUGGUAUUAAUUUACCAAAAAAUUCUCAAAGAACCGUCAUCACAGCCACCAGUGAUGAUAACCUCAAGGAAAUCUUUCACCAAAUCAGAACAUCUAAAAACCCUGCAGUUAUCAAUUACGGCGCAUCGUGGUGUCGUGUUUGCAGUCAGAUCCUUCCUGCAUUUUGCCAACUGAGCAAUAAGUUUCCGAAGCUUUCUUUUGUCUAUGCUGAUAUUGAUGAAUGCCCAGAAACGACGCAACACAUUCGUUACACACCCACUUUUCAUUUCUACAGAGAUGGCGAAAGGGUGGAUGAGAUGUUUGGUGCUGGAGAAGAACGACUACAUGAUCGCCUUUGGCUGCACUCUUGAAAUAUAUAUAUAGUUCGAGUUCUUAGCAUUUUCUGUUGUGACUUUAACUUGUUAUUUUUCUUCAUCUCUGAUUUUCAAUGUUGAUACGUAAACUUCAAAUCAAUGUUCCUGAUAAAUCAGCUUCUCAUAAAUCCAACAAUCAAUGAAAGCGGUUAACAAAUGGAAAAUGCUUAUUGUA